AUGGAGCAGAUGAGGCCGGGCUAUCAAGUCCGCAGUAUAUCCCUGUACGGCUACGAGCAAGCCAAAGCUCUUGUUCUCAGCUCACAUGGUGAGCCAAAGGACGUUCUGAAGCUCCACGGCCAUUCAAUAUCACCGCCUCACGGAGAUCGCGUGAAUAUACGAUUCCUCGCAUCGCCCAUAAAUCCUGCCGACAUAAACCAAAUCCAGGGCGUCUAUCCUACUAAACCGUCAUGGACGACCGAACUCGGAACUGCUGAUCGUAUUGCCGUCGGAGGCAAUGAAGGAGUCGCGGAAGUCAUCUCAAAAGGCAGUGGUGUCACGGGCAUAGAGAAGGGUGACUGGGUUAUCAUGAAGACACAGGGCUUUGGUACUUGGCGGACACACGCGCAGACCACAGCGGACAAACUCAUUCCCAUCAAGAACCGCGUAGGCCUUACACCGAAACAAGUCGGGACGAUCUCUGUUAACCCUUGCACUGCCUACCGCAUGCUAAAAGAUUUCGUCGACCUCCAACCCGGCGAAUGGUUCAUUCAAAAUGGCGCCAAUUCCGGCGUUGGUCGCGCAGCGAUUCAACUUGCACGACUUUGGGGCAUCAAGAGCUUGAAUAUCAUCCGCAAGCGCGACAGCGAAGAAGCCACACAGACAAUGAUUGCGGAAUUGAAGUCAUUAGGCGCCGAUGCAGUCAUCACAGAGGAUGACCUCAACUCGCGCGACAAAAUGCAGACCAUCUUGAACGACGGGCGGGACAAACUCCGACUCGCAUUGAACUGCGUCGGCGGACCACAGGUCAACAGCAUGGCAAAGCAUCUCGCGCCGGGUUCGUACGUCGUCACGUACGGCGCUAUGUCCAAACAGCCUGUCAACCUUCCCAUGGGUCUGCUCAUCUUCAAGGACAUCCGUUUCUCAGGCUUCUGGGUCAGCAGGUGGAAGACGCCGGAGGACAAGAUGGCAUGUGUGGAGGAGAUUCUCGAUUUGAUCCGUCAGGGAAAAUUCAAGGAUGUUCCUAGUCAGGAGAUUCCUUUCAAGCACGAUUCAAGUGAAAAAACGCUCGUGGCGGCGGUACAAGGUACGUUGGAUGGAUUUCGAAGUGGAAAGGGUAUUUUCACUUUUGAUGAAUGAAUGAUUCAAUGGUACCGAGAGUGUGGAUUACAAACAAAACUUGACGUUGUAUUCAAAUGCCGCACGCUAAGUGCGAUGUAACUAUCAUGUCUAUUUGAAUUUGCUCGUUGUGAACAGACUUCGCUACAUCGCAGCUUGCCCAGUAUGGCCGCUCAGUCAGCAUAGAAGUUGCUGUCGAAGUUGACAGGGAAUUGAUCCCUGCCCUCUGCGUCCGACCUGACCCAAAGUGAGAUGGAGACUCCCGGGCAUCUGAAGACACCAUAACCCUCAUUGUCAAUCUCGACCUCGCCUUGUGACCAGCCUAGCAAAUCUGUCCAUUUCUGCCCAGCGUGCAAAUCGCCGACGGCC